AUGUCCCCCAUCAGCAGAUUACACGAGCAAGUGAACGUCUUUCUCCUUAUCAUCAGAGAAAAAGAUCUACCAUUUAGACCUUUUCCUGCAUCCUCGGCCCAGCAAGCCCACAAUGCCAACAAGAACACCCCGGCUGUCACAACGGCCUCACAGGAACAGGAGAAGGGUUUCGAAGAGAUUGAACUGGGACCCAUCCAGCCAGUCGUCGUCGUUCAGCCGCUACCCGAUCAGUUCUCACAAUAUGGCGAUCAAAACGGAACAGGACGUCGCAUCGUCACCGAAGAGGAGGCGAAAGAGCACACGGCGUAUGCGUACAAAACAAGUUUGAAAUGGAGUAUUCUCACUGCUCUCUGGAUGGUCCAAAUCGCAAUGAAUAUGAACGGGUCGCUAUAUGCCAACUCACAAGUCAGCAUGGCCGAUUUCUUCGGCGUGUCCGUGCAGAAGACGACGUACGGCAACAUGGCUUUCUUGAUAUCCUACGCGUUCGGCUGCGAGCUCUGGGCGCCCUGGUCAGAGGAGCUGGGCCGCAAGUGGUUGAUGCAGGCUUCCAUGGCUCUUGUCAUCCUAUUAACGGCUGCGGUCCCAUUCUCACCGAAUUUCACUAUCGUCCUAGUCUUGCGCAUCCUCACAGGCCUGGCGACCGCCGGCGGCUCGUUGACGCUCGGAGUCGCUGCAGACAUGUAUAAGCCGCAUCAGCAGCAGCACGCCGUGGCCUUUAUCGCUUGGGGAAGCAUGCUGGGGUCCGCACUACCUCCCAUCGCUGGUGGCUUCAUGGAACUUCACCUCGGCGCGGUAGGCUGGAAGUGGUGCUUUUGGCUGAUUGCUUUAUUCGGCACUUUUGUCCUGCUCUUGCACCUUGUGAUUGUACCCGAGACAUCAUACAAGACAGCCCUCGACAGAUAUGCUAAGAAGCGUCGUGAAAAUGCUCGACAGGAAGGUAAUGAGUCUUCAGACCUGAACUUAUACGGACCCACCGAGGGGGUUUCCAUCCGCGACCGCUUUGAGCUCAAGGAGUCUGGCCAAACGGUGUUCCGACCCUUCAAGUUCCUCUUCACUGAGCCGAUUGUCUACUUCCUCUCUGCGCUCUCAGCUUGUGGCGAUGCAAUCGUUUUCCUGUUUAUGGAAGUCUUCGGGCACAUUUACGGCGAGCAAUUCGGUUUGAACAAGGGGACUACAGGCCUCAUGUUCAUUCCUCUCGCUCUGGGCUAUACGGUCGGCUAUUUGUUUCAGCUCUAUUUCAACCGGCGUAGUAAAAAGUCUCGCGCCGCGAACCCUAGCAGCCAAGAUGCGCAGUAUGAGGGCCGCAUGGACGUCCUCGUUUACACAGCGCCGUGCCUUUCGAUUGGACUGGCCAUCUUUGCAGCAACAGCCAACCCGUCGUAUGGGCAUCUCGCGUGGAUCGGAACCACGGUCGGCGUCUUCUUUAUCGGCAUCGCCAAUUAUACCAUUUACGCCUCCACCAUCGACUACAUGGUCGCAGCAUACGGCUUUUACGCUGCAUCUGCGACAGGCGGGAACGGAUUCGCCAGGGACUUCUUGGCCGGCGCCCUUACCCCGGCGGGCGGGCCCUGGGUGAAGGCAAUGGGGCCGCAGAAGAUGUGCGGCAUGCUUGCCGCCAUCUCCGCCGUUUUUUGCGCUGUCUGCAUCGGUGUGCGGGUACAUGGUGCCUGGCUGCGUCGCCGCUCCAAGUACACCGUGCAGGAGGUCGGUGCGACCGAGGAGGAGGCAGACUAG